AUGGCUACCUUGAGCUGGGAUGCAGAAGGUGCAGAGCUGCGAGCCCGCACCAUCCCGUCCUUAACUGCACCGCUGAUGGUCCGCUGCACCCCUCCACCGUCGCCGGCACAGCACAGGCAAGUACUCCGUACCUACCUCAAGGAAGGCAGGUACUUCGUCAUCGCACCCGACCCUGCCUUCCUUGCAUUGGGUUGGGUCACUUGGCCAUUCACAUUGGGCGCCGGGCCUCUGUUCACUGAGACUGAGUAUGAAGCAGCACAUGGCGGGCAUGAAAAGAAUGGCAUCAUCUACCUUACCUUGGCUCACCUUGCCUUACUGUAUGCCUUGGGCACCGUAGGUCAUGCGCCCGGCAUGCACGGCCCAUGCCCGGUAGCCAGCUCCAUCAAAAGUUGUUCCAAGGCUGAUGCCCUGAGAACUCAGCACAGCGAUAAUCCCCUCACUGCUCCUAGCCCAUCCCGACGGGUCGACCAGCUUGUCAACUGGGAUAGCGCUGUCCGGAGCAAAUGCCCCGACCUAGAGCCAUUUGUGACCCCAUCUUGCACUGCAAUUUGA